AUGUGUGACAAAUUGGACAAAACUUCGAUAAACAUAAUAGAAAAUAGGAUUUCAAAAACUUAUCCAAAUACAUACACAUUCAGUAAGAAUUUAGCAGAGCAGAUUGUAGCAAGCAAGAGUAAACACUUGCCACUUGCGAUAGUACGACCAAGCAUAAUUGGUGCCUCUCUGGUAGAACCAUGUCCUGGUUGGCAACAGAAUCUUUCUGCAUUUACAGGUACAUUUCUGCUAAUCGGCAAAGGGUGUGCAACAGCGAUACGAGGUAAGAGAGAUGCAAGAUUGGAUGUUAUGUCUGUCGAUUUCGUAGUCGACACGACAAUAUGUACUGCAUGGCAUGUCACGCUACAUCGUGAUCAUGAAGUUAAAGUAUACAACUGCACGAGUAACGCAUGCCCUUUUAAGUGGGGUCCGAUGAUAGAUGCUAUGGUAAAGUGUAGCAUAGAAAUGCCGCUGAACGAUACACUAUGGUACCCGGGUUGUUUAAUCGUAGCUAAUAAAUAUAUUUACAACGUUCUGAGUGUAAUUUCGCGUGUUUUGCCUGCGUUCGUUAUAGAUAUGUUUUUAAGACUUCGAGGUAGUAAACCAAUAAUGAUGAAACUUCUAAAAAGUGGCAUUAAGUUAUUCACAGUGAUAGGAUUUUUCACCACGCACGAAUGGACUUUUCAAAGGGAUAACUGUUCCGACUUGGCGAGGAAGGUGAAAAUGUUGAAGGACAGCGAUAUGGUCAGACUAGAUUUACGGGAUAUGAAUUGGGAGAAGUAUGUUGCAAAUUACCAGAUGGGAAUUAGGAAAUUUAUUCUGAAACAAGACUUUAAAUCAACAGCCCGACAACGAUUAUCAAGGUGCGUAUAA